GCGCUGGCCGCGGCCCUCCAUUCUCACCGCCUCACCGCGAGCCGCCAGUCGCUCAGUCGCGAGCUAUACCUCCGCCCCGCUCGACCAAUCUCGCGCCAACCGCGUCAAGUGACUCAAACAUAACAGUGACAAGUGCUUGAACAAACUUUGUUUUUAAAAGUUACGAGGUGCAAAGGAUGAUGGCUCCCGAGACCGUAGUAACGGUGGAACACAACAAGCCUGCGGGCCCGCAGCAGCCGCCGCCACAACAGCAAGGCGCGCUAGACUGGAUUAAAAUCAACAUUGACUAUUUCAAAACUCCACCCGGCUUAUUAAAAAUCAUUCAGUUGGUGCUGGGCCUCCUCUGCAUGAUCCUAGCGACCCCCUACUACUCGCCGUGGUUCGUGUUCGUGGCGGUCACGUCCUUCAUCUCCACGCUCAUGUGGAGCUUCGUGUACCUGCUCAGCAUCAGGGAGGCACUGCGGAUCCCCAUCAACUGGGUGCUGUCGGAGCUGAUCUGCAACGCCAUCCAGACGGUGCUGUACUUCAUCGCGUUCAUCGUGCUGUUCGCCGCCACCGCCUACAUACACUCCUACCAGUACGGCGCCAACGUCGCCGCGGCGGUGUUCGGUAUCUUCAUAACGGUGGCGUAUGCGGCGGCCGCGUACUUGCUGUACCAGGAGCAUAAAAGCGCCCCGGCGGUGGCGGCGUGAGGCUGCGUGAGUCGGCGUGAGACGGGGCGUGAGGCGCUGCGGCCAGUACCCCCUACCUUCCCCCAAGUUAACACGUUGCCAUAGACCUCAGUCAUGUGCACCGCCGUCUCCGUCUUCAAUGAACUGCCAGAGCUGCUCGAAGGUCUACUGAGGGCCUCGUCCAUUAAGUAAACAGUUAAGGAUAAUAAUCACUUUUUUCAUUAAUUUAUCAAGUCUAGACUCAAUAACAAUGUGACGGUUAUUAUGGGCCUACGUAAGUAACAGGCAGGUAACAGAUUACACGACUUCUGUAUUAUACAUAUAGUGUGGGUAAGUUAUACACACAUAGGUACCCACUACUUUGAGCACGGGUCGUUUUUACGAACAGAGUAUUUUAUAUUGAAGAGAACAAUAUUUUAUAUAAGUAAUAUCAUCAUCAUCAUCACUAGCAAACAGAUGUCAUUAUUGUAAUUGAAUUUAAAAUUUUAAUUGAAAUGUAAAAUAAACAUAAAUUAUUUGUGAAACCGUAUAAGCUGCAGAGAUUAUUGUGAAUAUAUGUACAAAAGAAUUAACCAAACUGUUAUAUUGUGUUUCACAGUUAGUGUACACAUAUUAUUCAUAAACCUAUAUGACAUACUAACUGCGAUAUGGUAUCUUUGUCAACAAAAAUGAUUCACUAACCACCUUCCCUGAGUAUUAAAUCUACAAGUUUGUUUUUCUCUACCUAGUCUUAGCAUAUGAUCAAAACAACCUGUGAAUGUGUUUGUGUUCGUAUCUUAAUCUUGGCACUAUCAUAUGAUGACUGAUCUGUAAGAAUUAAAGCUAGAAUUUUCAUUUAUAUCCUAAAAUUUACUUGUAUAUCGUUCAGUAUUGAAUUGAAUAUAAAAUUAUUUAUAAAAAUAAUCUGUAUUCUCGAAAAUAAAAUUUCCAUUUUAUGGACACUUAUAUCUAUAAUUUUAUAUUUAAAAUUAUUUUAAUCACUGCUGACUAUUUUAAUUUCUCAACGAAUCUUAAUUAUUAUGAGAAAGAUAAUUUUAUAAUUGUUAAGUUCUAAGAUGUUUUAAGUUGCGUUGGAUGUUUAGGAGUUAAUAUAAGUUGUGUUAUAUUAAACAAUGUUUGAUUUAACCAAAGUUUUAUUGUAUAGGUACAUCGGUAUACUGGUUUUCUGAGAACUUUAUUUUAUGAAUGAGAGAACUGAAAAAUCAAACUUUGUUUAAUACAACAUUGAAAGUAAGAUAAACUUUACACACAAAGUUAAUUUAACAAAUUUGUAAAAAGGUAAUAAAAAUAACAGAUACAAA